AUGGCAAUGAGGUUAAGAGCAUUCAAGAGAUGGAUGAAAGCUAACGGAGUUGAUUGCAGCGACGCUCUCAAUCUCGUAGACGAUCACAACGACGGUGUCUCCGUGAGAGCCUUCUGCGAUUUGAAGGAAGGAGAUGUCGUCGCCACCAUCUCGAAAACCGCUUGUCUCACCAUUAAAACCAGUGGUGCUCGUGAGAUAAUCGAAUCCGCUGAUCUGGAUGGAAGUUUAGGUCUCUCCGUGGCUGUCAUGUACGAGAGAAGCUUGGGUGAAGAAUCUCCUUGGGCUGGAUAUCUCCAGAUCCUUCCUAUCCAAGAGGAUUUGCCUCUGGUUUGGCCCCUUCAUGACUUGGAUUCUCUCUUAUCUGGCACUGAGCUCCACAAGGUGGUGAAGGAAGAUCAUGGUCUUAUAUAUGAGGAUUGGGAAGAAAGCAUUUUGCCACUUACCUCUUCACUGCCUCCGAAUGUUGACCCUGUUUUUUUUGGAAUCAAAGAGUAUCUUGCGGCUAAGAGUCUGAUUGCUUCAAGGUCUUUCCAGAUCGAUGACUACCAUGGAUCCGGGAUGGUUCCUCUUGCAGAUCUCUUCAAUCAUAAAACUGGAGCGGAAGACAUUCACUUCACCGCUGAAUCAUCUCACAGUGACUCCGAUUCUGAAGCUGAUGAUACUGACAACGUUGACGCUGCAGAUGAGGCCACUGAUGAAGACGAGCCUUCCAGUAAAAAUUCUUCCCCUCGUGAGCAAUCAUCUGAGGAAGUUUCUGGUGAAAUCACCAAAGAAGAAGAAGAAAACUCUUCAACGUUGCAAGACGAUCUAUCCGGGUUAAAAAUGAUUAUGGUGAAAGAUGUCUCAGCUGGAGCUGAGGUAUUCAACACAUACGGUUUGAUGGGUAACGCUGCGUUACUUCACAGAUACGGAUUUACAGAGCCCGAGAACCCUUACGACAUAGUAAACAUCGAUCUAGAACUAGUAACCGAAUGGAGCACAUCCUCCUUCACAAGCCGGUUCACUCGAGCGAGACUCGCUCUGUGGAGGAAACUUGGCUACGCAGGAUGCGAGAGCCAAAACUCUGAAUAUUUCGAGGUUUCUUCGACCGGGGAACCCCAAUCCGAGCUCACGAUCCUCCUCUAUAUUCUACUCUUACCAGAAGACGCAUACAAUAAACUCGAUCUAGCUAUCUCCACAGCAGGAGGAGAUUGUCUCUCUAAAGAAGGAAGAGAGAUAACAAUCGGGAAACACAAGUUCAUGUUUGGACAAAGCGGCGGCGGAGAUGUUCUGCUCACGGAUGGUGUUUGUGAAGCUCUGCUUGCUAUUGCCGACAAGCGAGAGAGUUUAUAUGGAUCAUUAAGUUCAUUGGAAGAUGACAUUGUUGGGAUGAAAGCUUGUUGCCUUCCGAGAGACAGGAGAUUGUAUCAUUCGCUUGUGUUGCGUGUGAGUGAGAGGAAGAUUCUGGAGAAGCUUAGGAGCUACAUUCGCAAAAAGGUCGAUGGAUUUUCCGGUGGAAAACGCCGGAAGAAGAUGACUUCUAAAUCCUAG